UGGCAACAAUGCAAUGAUACCAAUAUUCCAAGUGCCAACAAGCCACCAUACAAGCAAUGCAAGCAACCGUUCAUCGUCGAGCAGUCAGCGAACAAAAAGUCAACGCAACAACAGAUCAAACGAUUCAGCAGCAGCAGCAGCAGCAGCAAACUUUGACUACGCCAAUGACUCUAACGAUGGUCAAAAUGGAGCUAAUGGUGGUAGUGCUAGUCAAUCAGCAAGUCAAUCAAGCGGUAGCAUGCAAACAGCACCCAUGCCACGGAACCGAGGCCAACGAACGGUGACGCCACGUCAGCUAACACCCGAACGUGCUCGAAAUAUGGAUCCACAAGAACUGUCGCAAAACUUCCAAACGUUCAAUCGGGGCUCUGGUGGCUAACCAAUUCCACUUUGAUUACACUCAUUCCCACCUGAUUACGCUAAGUACAAAGUGACUGAUAUAUGUAUAUGUAAUGUUGAUUUGUUAUCACUGAUUUCAUAAGUCGUUAAAAUCUAAAUCAUCUUGUUAGGAAAAUUCAUAAAUUCUAUUCUUUCUAAACUUUUCAUUUUCUUGAUUUACUAAGAAAUCCCGUUUCAAUUUGAUCCUUUGGAUAUUUCAAAGAAUUUCUUCUUGAUCUGUCAAAAAGUCUUUAGAACCCCAACAAAAUAAAAAUCUCUGCAUAAAUUCCAAGAAGAACCUUUUUUGGUUGGUGUUUCACUCAUUCCGGUAAAAGUCGGUUCCAUGAACAACAGCAACACAAAUACAAUGUUUACCGAAACCAACACUGACAGCGGUAUUCCAGCGCUUGCUUGAAUGUGAUACAUUUUUUUACAUCCAAUUUCUUCGAAAAUCAAAUAAAUCCUAAAACAAAAUGUAUUGUCAAAUGAAUGGAUGAUAUAAAAGCGAGAAAGAAAUAAUUUAAAAAUAUUAAAUUUGUGCUGCGAAAACGUAAAAAACAUUUCAAAUAUCGACGAUUUGAAAACGCCGUUUGAGCACAACCAUUGAACGCAUCCAUCGGUCUGUCAUUGAAAUUUCAUUGGAACUGUCACUUUCGUCUAGCAUUUUUAUGCCAGAUUACCGCCAACCGUUCACGAAAUAACAACUGAAAUCGAAUGCAAUCGGUGUGAAUAAAAUCGCUGUGCACUGACAGAAACAUUGGUCAAUUUGGUCAAAAUGGUAACUCCCGGCGUAGAUGCUUGUGCAUAUUGCAAAACUACCCAAAAUUUGGACAUUUUGAACAACAAUGAGUUGCUAGAGAUGAUGAGACAGCACAAGCCGGACUACGGUCGAACCACAAGAUUCUGUGGUAAUUGCAAAAGCCGUGCACUUGCCAAACUGAAUCGACGAAAACUAAAUGCGGCCAUCGCUGCAAAGAAAGCAACACGAAGCGCUGGAGAACAGACGACAUCAUCAUAUUCAAAUGCAUCGCGUCCAUUCUUGAGUAAUUCAUCGAGCAGUGGAUCGACAAGCAAACGACGUCGUGAAGAA